GCAUGCUGGGCGAGUUCGGGCACACCCUCCUGGCGGGCUCGCUGGCGUUCUCGAUCGUGAUCGGCCUUGUGGGUGCGCUGCUUGCGGCCGGCGGUGUGGUCGACACGCCAGACCUCUCGCGGUGCCGGUGCAUGGCGAUUGGAUUUGGCGGCCCGCUGGUGGUUCUCCUCAUCGGCGCUGCCGUGUUGUACGGCCAGCUUGUCGCCGGCCAGCUUGCGUGGCGGGCGGGGCGACGAGCGUGGGACCGGCAUCUCGAGCGAGUGUAUGGCUCGGCGCGGGCUGUCGACCGGAUCGUGGUUGUUGAUUGGCCCGGCCAUCGUCAGUCUGGAGCCGAAUCGUCGACGUAAUGCGUCGCGAUCCUGGAUGGGGUCGUCGUGGUGUAGUCGUAGUCUGUGUGUACAGUAGUGAUAUGUAGGUGAAGCUAGGUCAAGGACG